AUGAGCGUAGCUGUUUUUAUCGAUGGCACAGAUGCUAAACAAGUUACUGAGUUAAAACGAUUUCUCAAGAGUUAUGGGGCCAAAGUGCUAGAUAGUACUGAGUGUACAGAUACGAACUGGCCAGACGAGCUAAUUAAAUGCCUUAAAUACAUUGACAUCUGUUGGAAAGACGAAACUAUUGCUGAAGCUGAUGUUAAUGAUGUCUUGGCAAGUGUUGCCUCCAUUUUUAUCCAACUUCCACCUGACAAAUUAAUUGAUGCGGUUCAUCUUUUUUGCGAAAAGUUACUUGAUUUUUCUGGUGAUAACACGCGAAGACAUAGAAGCAAACUUUUCCCGCUGAACCUUUUGUUUUGUGGACUGAAUCCUAAAAGUCAUCCCCGUUAUGAAAUAUAUCUCACUCUAAUUGAAUGUGCAGAAAAAAUGGGUGUUCUCAACGAAGUAAUAACUGCACCAAAGAAGGUUGCUUCUUGGCUAAGCGAAUGUGAUUGCACAGUUGAGGAAUGCCAGAAAGUGUGGCAAAAGUUGUAUGAUGCACAUAUUUCAAUGGGUGAAAGUCGAAAAGCUAUUGAAGCAAUGAUAUAUCUCCUUUCAACCUAUAAUGAACUAACUGCUAUGAAUGCCAGACAAAAUGCAAUAAAAUGUAUCAUAUCUGUGUUGCAAGAUCCAUCUUUAUUAUCGCAUGAUCAAUUGUACGCUCUCAAACCAGUUCAAUACCUGGAAGGUGAACCUGUCCAUGAUUUCUUCAAGAUAUUUGUCUCUGGAGAUCUGAAUACAUUCAGAAACUUCCUGACUAAACAUCCAAACUUUUUAAAUCAAAAUAAUCUAUCUGAAGAAGCUUGUAUCCACAAACUCCGACUUCUGACGCUAAUGCAGUUGUCUGAGAAUGUGAACGAACUUAGUUAUCAAGAUGCAGCUGCUCAGUUGAAUCUCAAGAUUGAAGAACUGGAACCAUUUAUAAUAGAAGCUGUACGCCAGAGAGCUGUCGCAUGUAAAUUAGAUCAAGUUCAAAAGAAAAUUCUUAUAACUGGAGCAUUUCCACGUACAUUUGGUCGACCUCAAUGGGUUAACUUACAUGAUACAUUGGUACAAUGGCGAUCUCAUCUUGGUACUGUACAAUCUAGUUUAAGUAUGAUGAUUCAAAAUGAAUCUUCUUAA